UAUCUGGCCUUGUACCUAGUCACUAAUCUGGGUCUGACGCUCUACAAUAAAGCACUGCUAGGCUCAUUCCCGCUUCCCUACUUUCUGACGGGCUGUCAUACAGUAUCAAAUGUGAUUUGCAUCGUACUGAUGAAGGUGACUGGCGGUAUUGAAUUGACAAAGCUUUCAGCCUACGAGUGGUACCUCGUCAUGGGCUUCUCUGUCCUGUACAGUGCCAACAUUGCGGUAUCUAAUCUGAGUCUCGAAAUGGUGCCAGUCCCAAUACAUCAAACAGUCAGAGCUACAUCACCCUUUUUUGUCCUGUCGUUGACAUCCUUACUCUUCCGGGAGCGCCAUUCGCUGAAAAUCUGGCUCAGUUUAGUGCCAAUCGUGACAGGGGUCGUCUUGGCUACCAGUACGGACCGCAUUGAGUUACCACAGUUUCUCCGCAUCAGUAUACUCAUUACACUCAUCGGAUCUCUUCUUGCAGCUUUGAAGACGAUCCUCACAGGGCGAUUACAACACUAUAUGCAGAUUGGUGCGGCUGAUUUGCUCUUGAGGUUGAGCCUUUUUGCAUGUGCACAGUCAUUUUUGAUGUCGUACGCGACUGGAGAGAUGCUUCGACUUCCAAGACCCUCAAUCCAUCUCUACAGCUCUGUGUUUGGCAAUGGUCUAUUAGCGAUGCUGCUCAAUCUGGUCUCAUUUAGCGCGAAUCGCGAAGUCGGGCCCCUUGCCAUGACUGUUGCCGCAAAUGUCAAGCAGGUGCUUGUCAUCAUCCUCGGCUCAGUACUGUUUCAAGUCAAACUGACACAAACGCAAGUAGGCGGUAUCAUGCUUGCCCUGGUAGGUGGACUACUGCACAGCAUGCUUUCGGCUCGUCAUGGCGAGGAGAAGAAGCGGGACAACAUUGUG